AUGACUGGCCAAAUGAGCGGUUUGAGGACUGCGAGUGCGAAAGCACAGCACUCACCCUUCGGCUCAGCUUCGCCUCUCUUUCAAAUACGUGCUGAGCCUUUACCAUACACUCGUAAGAAAUCAAAGAGUGAUUGGAAGGAAACGAAAAAAGAAUCAGCAUGCAAAUAUCAAGCGUACCCUUUAAAACACCAAAGAGUAUACCACAAUCCACCAUUUAAAAAUAAUCAAGAGGAUUUUAGUUGCAAAAUUGAAUGUACCAAUGAUGCAGCUUUGGAAAUCAAGGAAGAAAAUAUCGAAGAUCAAGAGAAUUUCGCAAAACGCGACGUAACAUUAAGUCGUAAUCAAAAAAAUCAAUCAAAAUUGUACAAAAUAGAUCAGGCCAAAAGGAUGCUGAAAACUCAAGAACCGAAGGUGGAAUCGGACAUGAAAUACAAAUGCGAAAAAUGUGCUCGAACCUAUAAACAGAAACGAACUUUGUAUACUCAUGUAAAAUACGAAUGCGAUGUCACGCCACAAUUCGCAUGUAAUUUCUGCGGCAAACCAUUUAAACGGAAACAAAACCUUUGGCGCCAUACAGACCUCUUGCAUAAAAAAACAAACUUGAUCACAUCAAAAGAAAGGCAUAAUUGUGAAAAAUGUUCUCGAAGCUACUCUACAAAAAGUGCUUUAAAUCGACAUAAACGUAUACAACACGAGGGCAUUACGCGACAAUUUAUUUGCAAUGAUUGUGAUUAUAAAACAACAGACAAGGUUAACCUAUACAGACACAUUACCUUAUACCAUCUAUAGUCAUUUAUUUGUUUGAAAACAAAGCUUUAAACCUAAGAA